AGCCAGUGAAAUGGAUGAUUUUCGUCCAUGAAUGCAACCAACCUCAGAAAGCAUUAAAUGCUUGAUAUUUUGCCCCGAAAUCCUCGAUUAAAUCGUUUUUGCAAUUUGCAUAUAGUAAGGUUUUAUAUAAUAUCCUUCUCAACUAGGCAAGAAACCUCAAUUCUGAAACUUGUUUAGUAGUGUAGCAUAGAAAUUAGGAUAGGAUGGUACCAACUGCGAUAGAGAGUGUGAUUAGCUUGGCAGAGUCUGGCGUUAAAGAUCUGCCUUUGAGCUUUCUCAAAGAUGAGCACGAGCGUCCCACAGUCCCACACAAUGUCUUUUGCCAUGAUAUUCCUGUCAUUUCCCUCCUCAACUCUAGCGGGCAUCAAAGAGAUCGAAUAAAAGCCGAGCUGAAAAAGGCCUGUCAAGAGUGGGGAAUUUUUCAGGUUGUGGAUCAUCGAAUUCCAAGGGAGCUCAUAAGCCUCAUCAUGAGCCACGCCAUGGAUUUCUUCUCACUCCCUCUCGAGGAAAAAUUAGAGUAUGCUUUGAAGCCCGGAAGCUAUCUUGGCUAUGGUAAUGGUAGCUUUAUCAAGGACGACCCUCUAAUGGAUUGGAGAGAGUUUUACGUUACCAGAUGUUUGCCUCGAGACCUAAAUCUAUGGCCUUCUAAACCACCUACUAUGAGGAAGAUUAUUGCAGAUUACAGCGACGCUACCCUUGAGCUGGCAAGAGAGUUAUUAGAGCUGAUAUCUGAAGCUCUUGGACUGGACUCUAAAGCCAUAGAUAAUGCGUGUGGAGAUGCAGAACAGAAGCUUCUGUUGAAUUAUUACCCAAAAUGCCCUCGACCCGAUUUGACGUUGGGAUUGAAGAGACACACAGAUCCGGGUACCAUAACUUUGUUGCUGCAAGACAAAGUUGGGGGACUGCAAGUCACCAGAGAUGAUGGCAAAACUUGGAUGACUGUGGAACCAAUCGAUGGGGCAUUUGUAGUGAAUUUGGGAGAUCAGAUGCAUGUGUUAAGCAAUGACAUUUUUAAGAGUGCGGAUCAUCAGGCUGUGGUGAAUUCAAGCGUUACAAGAUUGUCCGUAGCAACUUUCUACAAUCCCAAUCCAAAUUCGAUAGUUUACCCACUGGAGGGAUUGGUUGACGACAAGCAUCCCAGCAAAUUUGAACGCUACAUCUACAAAGAGUUUUAUGGCAGAAAGAUGACCCAGCACGUCAUAGAGAGAGAGAAAAAGCUAGAUUUGAUGGAAGGGAAGAAGAUAACCAGUACAGUUUAGAUACUUUGAAGUCUGGAAAAAAUUAAAAUUUAUACAUUGAAUUGCUAGUGGUCUAACUAGUUUGCUAUUACUAAAGUGAGCAGGGUUUGGCAUUGCAAACAUUAGCUAGGGUUUGCAAUAUAAUUUGAGUAAAGGUAUCUGUCUUUUCUGUGUCUAGUAUUUAGAUUUUUGUGGGUAUCUGAUAUGUAGAGACAGGGAUAUUUUAUUUUGUUGGAGAUAUAAUCCCAACUACCCCGUCAAGUACAGCCAACAUCAAGACAAGAAAGAUUUGGUCAUAGAUUUGAUAAAUAUCACAUUAAAUUCUCCAACCUGUCUUCUGUCUCAUCAACUAAAUUACACAACACCCUGCAAGAUAUUUUCAAUGAAUGUGAUCGAUAUUCAGAUUUCUGGAAGCUUCUUCUGCCAAUUCUAGAAACAUCUAAGACCUCCUUUAAUAGAGGCAUUUUGUAAUCAUUCUAUGGGAUGAAUGAAAUAUGUUUAUGGUGUA